CCAUGAUUCCUCCCAUGCCAGCGCGUGACCCCGAUGACCGCUCGCCCUCGUGAGCUCCUCCUCUGUUUGACUGGAUGAGGACCCCGGCCUCCAGUGAUGUGAUGCACAGGUUUGAGGUUCUUGGGAUUGUGGGGGAAGGGGCUUACGGUGUCGUCCUGAAGUGCAGACACAAGGAGACGAAUGAAAUCGUGGCCAUUAAGAAGUUUAAGGACAGUGAAGAAAAUGAGGAGGUGAAGGAGACGACGCUGCGUGAGCUGAAGAUGCUCCGCACGCUGAAGCAGGAGAACAUCGUGGAGCUGAAGGAGGCGUUUCGGCAGCGAGGGAAGCUGUUCCUGGUGUUCGAGUACGUGGAGAAGAACAUGCUGGAGCUGCUGGAGGACAUGCCCAACGGAGCUCCACCCGAGAAGGUCCGGAUCUACAUCUACCAGCUGAUCAAAGCCAUCCACUGGUGCCAUAAGAACAACAUCGUCCACAGAGAUAUCAAGCCGGAGAAUCUGCUCAUCAGCUCCGACGACGUUCUCAAACUGUGCGACUUCGGAUUUGCGCGAGAUCUCUCUGAAAACACUGAUGUGAACUACAGCGAGUAUGUGGCGACCAGAUGGUAUAGAUCCCCGGAGCUGCUGCUUGGGGCUCCGUACGGGAAGGCAGUGGACAUGUGGUCAGUGGGGUGUAUUCUGGGCGAGCUGAGCGACGGUCAGCCUUUAUUUCCAGGCGAGAGUGAGAUUGACCAGCUCUUUACCAUCCAGAAGGUCCUGGGACCAUUGCCGCCCGAACAGAUAAAGCUCUUUUAUAACAACCCGCGCUUUCACGGGCUACGGUUUCCCUCGGUCAGCCAUCCGCAGACUCUGGAGAGACAUUAUCUGGGAAUCAUUAGUCCAGUCCUGCUUGACCUCAUGAAGAAACUGUUGCUGUUGAACCCGAAUGAGCGCUAUCUGACUGAACAGAGUCUGAACCACCACGCCUUCCAGACUCAGCGCCUGACGGAGCGACCCGGCCCACUCACACCCACACCCGCCCGCUCCUCCAAAAGGAAACCGCUCCUGGACAACAGCGCCCCCAGCAGGGGUCAUGUGGUCAAGAGUUCAAGUCACCAUCGCUCAAACAGUCGUGACUGCUCCAGUUUGCCCCGUCAUGGGCAUGAAGACCUCCACCCGUCCAGCACCGAGGCGUUCCUGAAUGGGUCGGUACCAUCUGCCAACAGCCUGAGCCCUGUGAUGCACCCUAAAUCCUUUCAGCCACUCAACCGCUCUGCAUCGUGUGGUAAAGACCUGGCCAGCCUGCAGCAUGCUAAAGAGGCCAAAUCUAAAGCGGGUGAUUUUGACUUCGGUAAACCGACAGACGGACCGGGAGCCAAAUACCUAAAAUCCAAUACGCCUCGCUCCCAGAACCGCCAUUCCUUUGUGGAGGGCAAGACCAGCACGUCGGCGGGGGACCGGGAGACACAGAGCCGCCACGGUUAUGGCGAGUCCACCGCGUCAUCAUCUUCAUGUGGGAAGGGGAUGUCCUCGUAUCUGAGUUUGUCCAAGUGUCACGGAGUGCUUAGUGAUGCCAAAUCUGUGAGCAACCUCAGCGACAUACGACUGCACCCAGAUGACCCCGCCGGCUCGCCACGGUACUUCCCUAGCAGCUGCUUGGACCUCAACAUGAACCUGAACUUGCCGGCGCCAGGCAGCCCGUCCCUGCAACACGGGGAACGUUCUGGACACAGUCCCGCAGUGGGGCGUCGCAGCAAACUGGAACGGGAUGGAAGCACGGUGGAGCCGUCCACCCGUCGCUCCUCAUCAAGGCAAAAGAGCCAGCAGCAGAGUGAUGGAAUCCCUGUCGAUCCACUCGACCCCAUAGGGGGUCUGUCUCUUUCGGCGCCCCAUGAAUUCCCCUAUGGCGUGGGCUACACCAGCCCAUUUUCCUCCCAGCAGAGGCCACACAGGCACUCCAUGUAUGUGCGGAGGGAACGGGGGCGACCCCACGGAGGUGAAGCAGGCGGAUUGGCAGUGGGACAAGGGAUGCCAACUCGGGCCAGCAGUCUACAGCUCCUGACCCCUCAACUACAGCAUCGGACCCUGCCAAGACACAUGGGCAGCGCUGUGUCACGGGACGCAGAAUUAGACAAUAUUAGGAGUGACCCCGCGGGUGCAGAGGUCAGUCACACGCGACCUUUAAUCCGGGAGUCCACACGGGACAACACUGCUGCCUUUCACGGGCCACGGCAAAAAAGCGAGGGAGGCGUUUAUCAUGAGCAGCUCGCAGAUGACAGCGGAUCGGCUAAAGAGAACCGCAUGAUGUACAGCGACUCGGUUCCACGACGGGUCGGGAGCUUCUACAGGGUGCCGUCUCCCAGACCUGAUAACUCGUUCCACGAGAGUUCAGGGGUCACGAUGGACAGCAGCCAUAACAUACAUCAACCCACAUACGACCCGUGGACGGGGUCAGAGAUGCGGGACAUGAGCCCUCCAGAGCCCUCCAAAGAGAAGGAGAAACAGGGCUUCUUCAGAUCCAUCAAGAAGAAGAAGAAGAAGUCACAAACCGCUCAGAGUGAGGGGCCGGAUCAGACGCUGAUGCAGAAAUCGUCUCGCUCCUACACACACCAGAGCAGCAGACAUCACACCCGCAACCGAGACCGAGACCAGGAUCAGGAGCGAGAGCCAGAGCCAGAGCGAGACUGGCCCGCAGAGAGAGAGCGAGUGCAUCAAACACACUCACAGCCUCUGAAGUCUCUGCGAAAGCUUCUUCAUCUCACCUCCUCCUCGUCCUCCAACCAAACCUCGGCAGAUCUCCACUACCCCCUGCCCUCCUCUAAAGGCGGAGGGAGUUUCGUGGAGCCCCGUGGCCUCGGCUCCAUGCAGCCCAAGGGCCGUUCGGCUGGAGUCCGGCUGGAGUCCGGCUGGCACUCCAGUGCUCUGGGACGUCCCGAGGGAAACCCGUAUCCUGACCAGCUGACCUCCAAAACAGGCCCCAACGGCUUCGCUCGCCACUUUCGUUCACGUUUGCCAAACCUGAAUGACCUUAAAGAGACAGCGCUGUGAGUCAGACUCACCGGGGCCCCUGAAGGGCCUUCUUUUCUUGCGUAUUAAGGGUAGGCCUAUACGUCUUUAUUUUUGCCAUUUUUCUUUUUUAGUUUUUAAUACUUGAUAGCACUUCUGUGUACUGUACUGUAUUUUUUGUUAUCGGAUAAUACAGUUUAAAAGCAGAUGAUAUAGCUCUAUGUGAAUGGGAAUAUAAUAAAUGUAUGGCUUAAGUUUCUACUCUGGGUGUAGUAUAAAAAUAUUAUCUGAUUCUGCAUAGUUACUCUUAUAUUUGGCUAAAGGUUCUAAUGAUUCAUGUAUAGAUGACAGUAUUGGCAUUUAUUUUAUAGUAAUAGAAUAAGACUAUGGUAUAUACAGUAUAGACAUUGCAACUUUGUCUUUGAGUGUUUUCUGGUUACAAUUCGGUGAAUAUCAGUAGAUAUUAAGAGUAACGGUAACAUUAACGGUAAGAAUGUGUGAUUUUAUGUGCGUGUGCUUCCCAGAUAGCGCACGUAUGUUGCUUUAAAUGUGAUAUUUAUGCAUAAAUUAAUUUUAAAUGAAAGGGAUGUCAUUUCAGCAAAUAAUUCUGAUUUUGAUAGAGGUCUUCUGCUUAGGGAAGCUGCAUUUAUUUAAUUAAAAAUGCAGUAAAAAAAUAGUAAAAUUUCUUAAUAUUUUUACAAUUUAAAAGAACUGUUUCUAUUUGAAUAUGUGUUAAAUUAUAAUUUAUUUCUGUGAUCAAAGCUGUAUUUUCAGCAUCAUUCCUCCAGUCUUCAGU